AUGAGUAAAAAGGAAAAACUACAUCGCACUAUGGGCCAUAUUAAUUUUAAAAAUUUGGAAUCAAUGUGUAAAAAUGAGUUAUUAGAAGGAUUACCUAAAGAUAUUGAAUAUGAAUAUUUAAAAUGUGCAAUAUGUAUUGAAAACAAAAUGCAUAACUUACCAUUUCAUAAUAAUCGACGGAAAGCAGAGGAGAUAUUAGAGAUUGUUCAUACUGAUUUAAAUGGGCCACAUCAGACUACAGGAUAUAAUAAAGAAAAAUAUUUUUUGAGCUUUAUCGAUGAUUACAGCAAAUUAGUGAAAGUUUAUUGUAUCAGAUCGAAGGAUGAAGUAUACGACUACUUGUUACAAUAUGUUAAUGAGGUACAGAACUUGACAGGAAAAACGAUAAAGGAACUGCGAUUUGACAAUGGGAAGGAAUAUAUGAAUGGAAGAGUUUUUCAGUUCGCAAAAGAGAAAGGAAUAAUAAUAAAACCCUGUCCAGCAUAUGUUCAUCAAUUAAAUGGAACAGCAGAGAGAUACAAUCGUACAUUAAUGGAUAUGGGUAGAUGUCUUUUAUCAGAAGCAAAGGUAGAAAGAAAAUUUUGGCCAGAAGUAAUUAAAACAGCUGCUUAUCUUAAGAACAGAACUUUGACUAAUACUAUUGAGAGGAAAACGCCGUAUGAAAUAUUUUUUAAAAGAAAGCCAUCAGUCCAAAAUUUGAAAUUGUAUGGAAGUAGAGUUUUUGUAAGAAUUCGCGAAGAACGGAGAAGGUCUAAAUGGGAUAAGAAAGCAGAAGUUGGAAUUUUACUUGGUUAUACUGAUACUGGAUACAGAGUGUUAAUUAACAACAGAGUUAUUAUUGCUAGAAAUUGUGAUAUAAUAGAGGAAGAUAUUAAAUUGUGUGGUUUGGAAGGUGAGGAAGAUAAUAAUACUGAAUAUAAAAUAAAAGAAAAGGAAAAGGAAGAUAAAAGGACACAAGAGGAAAGAGAUACAAUAAAAUAUGAUGAAACAAGUGUAGCAGAAAGUAAAGAUGAAGAGCAAAAUAGAAAAUCAAAAAGACAAGUCAAACGUCCACUUCGUUUUGAUGAAUAA